UGUUCGUACGGCAAAAAAUUCGCACGGCGCACGUGCUCGUUCGGUGCAAGCUUCCGCAAACGUGCGACAACCGUACGGUCGUCGGUGUCAGUUUUUCCCGGCCGAUCUCCAGGCCGAUCUCCAGCGGACCGAACGGCGACCGAUUCGUGCUAAUGGAGGGACCGUCGACGAACGAACGGGCGACGAUCGACGGCCCGAGAAGCCUCGACGACAUGACCGCCGGUCAGCUGCAGGACCUGUUGAACUCCUUCGACGUCGUCCUUUCGGAUUGCGAUGGUGUUUUGUGGAACUCGGACACGCCGAUCCCCGGGGCGAUCGCGACCCUGAAGAGGCUCCAGGACCUCGGCAAGACGAUCUACCUAGUGAGCAACAACACCGCGGUGUCUGUCAACCGAUACAAAGAAAAGAUUCGCGGCCUGGAUAUAAAAAUGGAACAUCUGGUGACGCCGGUGAUUGUGAUGGCCUGGUAUCUGAAGAAGAUCGAUUUUCAUGGCGAAGCGUACGUCGUCGGCAGCCCGCCGUUUCGAAAGAUGCUGGCGGAUUGCGGCGUUAAAAUGUCGUCGAACGACGUGCCGAUAAUCUACGACGACGAAGAGGACAUGAGCAGAUCGAUCGACUCCGCGACAAAAGUCAAGGCUGUCGACGCGGUCGUCGUUGAUUUCGAUAUGAGAUGCACCUUGGCGAAACUGAGCUACGUUUGCCAAACAUUGAAAAACAAGGACAUCCUGUUCUUGAUCGGGUCGACCAGCGAAUUGAUCCCCGUGGACCAGGACAGGAGAGUCCUAGGGAUCGGAGGUCUGGCCAAUCUGAUCAGCCACUACACCGGAAGAAAACCGAUCGCCUGCGGCAAGCCCAGCGACGUUCUCAAAGAGUAUAUUCUAGAGCUGUGCAAGGUGGAUCCGAAACGGUGCCUGUUCAUCGGUGACUCAAUCAAUACGGACAUGGUGUUCGCAUCGAAGUGCGGGUUCCAGAAACUUUUCGUGGAGGGGGGGAUCGACUCGCUGGAAGAAACGUUGCAGAGCGACCAAACGCGGCCGGAUUACUAUGCCCCUUGUCUAGCAUUCCUAUCGAAGAUCAUGGACACGCGGUUGGGGAGCUCGAGGAAGCUGGAAAAGAAUUAGUUUUUUUAUCCGUUUCGCCGGACAGUGUUUUUUGCGGCCGUGUUAAUGGACAACGAAAAAAUAUUUGCAAAUAAAUUUGUAUACGAUUGCCUGCAACUGCCGAACUUUGCCUCGAGCGGCAAAUAACCAGCAACAAAAAAAAGGACACUUGCAUCGAA